UUAAGUUCUAUCACAGUUUCUGCAUUUAUCAGAAAACAUAGUUUACUUGUGCAUUAGGAACGAAACGUUUCGAAUUUGAAAAACCAGAAGCAGGAACUUGAGUUUACGCGAAUGGAGGAAUACGGCGCAGCAGAGGCAGAAUCGAAGGAGAAUAUUUGGUGCAGAGAAACAGUGCCAAAGGUUUUCAAAAUUGUCUGCUGCACAUUACCUCUUUCUAACACAGACCUCGUUUUGCUCCUUCUUGUAUCGCCUUCGGUUCAUCGAACCCUUCUCUCUUGCCAACCCCUUUGGGAGUUUCUCAAUUUGCGCGAGUUAAAGAAUGCGGGGAAUCGCCUUAUAGCUGCUCUUUCUUUGCCUAGAUACAGCCAUGUGAAGCAGAUUAACCUUGAGUUUGCGAGAGAUGUUGAAGACACGCAUCUCAUUCUUAUUAAGGAUAAGUGUUUUAGUUCUCUUCAAAGCUUGGAGUCUUUAAAUUUGAAUGCCUGCCAAAAAAUAUCAGAUACAGGAAUUGAAGCAAUAACCAGUUGUUGCCCCCAGCUCAAAAGCUUUUCGAUCUACUGGAAUAUCAGGGUAUCAGACCUAGGACUACAAUAUAUAGUGAAGAACUGCAAACAUAUAGUUGACUUGAACAUAAGUGGAUGUAAGAAUAUUUCAGACCAAGGUGUACAACUUAUUGCUGACAAUUAUCCAGAACUAGAGUCACUAAAUUUGACAAGGUGCGUCAAAUUAACAGAUGAAAGUUUGAUGAGUUUGUUGCCAAAAUGUCUUUCUCUUCAGCGUUUGAAUCUCUAUGCACUGUCAAGUUUCACAGAUGCAGCUUACAGGAACUUAGGUCUUCUAUCACGUCUGAAGUUUUUGGAUCUCUGUGGUGCCCAGAAUCUUUCAGAUGAAGGACUCUCCUGUAUUUCUAAGUGCAAGAACCUUGAAUCCCUCAAUCUGACAUGGUGCACACGUGUGACUGAUGAAGGGGUCAUAUCCAUUGCAAAGGGUUGCACCUAUCUUCAGUUUCUAAGCUUGUUUGGAAUAGUUGGUGUGACUGACAAAAGUCUGGAGGAACUCUCAAAGUCCUGUUCCAACAAAAUUACGACCCUUGACGUGUAUGGAUGUAUUGGCAUCAAGAACCGAAGCCGUGAAUACUUGCUACAAUUGUUUCCCUAUUUGAAAUGCUUUAAAGUGCAUAGCUAAUGAGGUGGUAGAGAAAAGAAGAAAUUUGGUACUAAAAACAGUCCUUUUGACAAUUAGGACAUAUUAACCUUGAAAUUUGCAAAUUUAAACACAAAUUUUUUGCUAUUUCUUUCUUCAUGUGGUGCCUUUUUUAGGUUAUCAAUUUACGGUAGUAAAUGUGUAUUUUGGGGUGUUAAAAAACCGUGUGCAAGUAAUUUUUGUUAAUUUGAAUGAUUAUGCCUUAUUCUAC